AUGGCCGCCCCUGGGCCCGCCAGGCAGAAGUCACCAACCCCCAGGGUGGCCUGGAGCGUGCACAACCGCCUGGUGGAUGCGUUCGACAAGACCCAGCAGUACUGGAAGGAGCAGGACCCCAAGCACGUCUACUACCUGUCUGCCGAAUUCCUCAUGGGGCGCACCCUGACCAACGCCGUGGAGCUGCCCGACUACUGGCUGGAUGCGGGCAACCCGUGGGAGAUCCGCCGUCCGGAGACGCAGUUCAAGGUCGGCUUCUACGGCUCCCUCCAGGACGGCGUGUGGGCGCCCGGGGAGGAGGUGAUUGCGGAGGCGUACGACGUCCCCAUCCCGGGCUACGGCACCAAGACGUGCAGCAACCUGCGCCUGUGGGACGCGCUGCCGUCCACCGAGUUCGACCUGGAGGCCUUCAACGCCGGGGACUACACCAAGGCUGUGGAGCAGAAGCGGCGCGCUGACGACAUCACCGCGGUGCUCUACCCCAACGACGCGACGGAGGAGGGCAAGGAGCUGCGCCUGAAGCAGCAGUUCUUCUUCGUCUCCGCCUCCCUGCAGGACACCAUCGCGCGCUACCUGGAGAAGCACGACGACCUCUCUGGCCUGCCCGAGAAGGCGUGCUUCCAGAUGAACGACACGCACCCCACCAUCGCGGUGGCGGAGCUGAUGCGGCUGCUGAUCGACGUGCACGGCCUGCCGUACGACCAGGCCUGGGGCAUCACCACCAAGGCAGUGGCCUACACCAACCACACCGUCAUGCCUGAGGCUCUUGAGAAGUGGCCCGUGCGGGUGCUGUCCAAGCUGCUGCCCCGCCACAUGCAGCUGAUUGAGCAGAUCAACAGCAACUGGCUGGAGUCGAUCAAGGGCCAUGUGACCGGCAAGGUGGAGGCUGAGCUGGCGGCCAAGAAGGCGGCGGCGGAGGAGGCGGCGGCGGCGCGCGCCGCCGCGCGCGCCGCCGCGCUGGCGGCCGCCGAGGCCGAGGGCGCCGAGGCGCUGGCUGCCGCGGAGGCCAAGGCCAAGGCUGAGGAGGAGGAGAAGAAGGAGGCGGCGCCGGAGGAGGACAAGGACGCGCUGGUGGCUGAGCUGCUGAAGACGUACAGCAUCGUGCAGGCAAACCAGUGGAACCCGGAGGAGAUGCUGGUCAACAUGGCAUACCUGGCGGUGGUGGGGUCGUUUGCGGUCAACGGCGUGGCCGCCAUCCACUCCGAGAUCAUCAAGACAGACAUCUUCCCGCACUUUGUGGAGCUCUUCCCCGAGCGCUUCCAGAACAAGACCAACGGCGUGACGCUGCGCCGCUGGCUGGCCUACUGCAACCCCGAGCUGUCGGCGCUCAUCACUGAGGCGCUGGGCACCGACGCCUGGGUGCGCGACGCCACGCUGCUGGCGCAGCUCAAGCCGAUGGCGGAGGACGCGGCGUUCCGCGCCCGCUGGCGCGCCAUCAAGGUGCAGAAGAAGGAAGCGCUGGCGGCGCGCAUCAAGGAGGUCACCGGCUUCACCGUGCCCACAGACUCGAUGUAUGACGUGCACGUGGGUGCCUGGGGGAGGGAAGGGGGCGGGUGCCGUUUGGAGUCCAAUGCUGGGCGGGUGGCGGGGGUGGCGCGGGCGCUGCGGGCGGCCUGGUGUUGGUUCCCUUCCUGGGUGGUGGUGGUGGACGAGCUGUACCGUGACCAGGAGGAGUGGACCCGCCGCUCCAUCCUCUACACCGCUUCCAACGGCUUCUUCUCCUCUGACCGCACCAUCGACCAGUAUGCCAAGGAGAUCUGGAAUGUGCAGCCCACCCCCCAGCCCUGA